AUGCAAUUCCUCGCUACCUUUUCUCUCUUUUCAAUGGCAUUCGUCAGCGCCGUCGUGGCAUCUGACGAGGCUGCGUUCGUAGGCAGCUGCUCUAACGCCGCUCUCAUGGGUGACAAAAACCAAAACUACGCGAAAGAAGGAUGCGUCAGCAGCAAAUCGAAAGGCUGGAUGAGCUCGCACAACUGCGUCAACAAGGGCGGGAAGGCGUAUCUCUGUGUCCAGGGCGAUACCACGACGUGUAUCUCCGGAUCAACUCUCAAGCAAGUUGGUCUCGAGAACGGGGAAUGUUUCAAUUAA